AUGGGCCUUCGCAAUGCACAAGGCGAAAGCCUUCAACGCAUGAUUGCCGUUUUGGGCGCGGUGGCUUUCCUUGUUCAAGGGUACAAUCAAGCCAUGAUGAACGGCUUCAUGACCCUGCCAAGCUUCUUGGAAACGGUUCCUGAAGUUGAUACAACCCACACCACGGGCUCUCAAAAGUCGCAUAACUCUACUAUUCAAGGUCUUGUGAUUGCUAUUUUUGAGAUUGGAUCUGCGGCCGGUGCCCUUUCAUGUCUUUUUAUUGGCGACAAGCUUGGUCGACGCAAGACCAUGAUGCUGGCUGGCACUAUUGCUACUGUAGGGAUCAUUAUUCAAGCGACUACAUACUCGCUUGCUCAGAUCCUGGUCGGACGAACCGUGACCGGUGUUGGGAUUGGUAUGUACACCGGCACAGUUCCCAUGUACGUGAGUGAAACAGCCAGCGCCGAGAAGCGCGGCCGUCUCGUCCUGAUAGAAGGCGUCUUCGCCUUGAGCGGAUUCUUCAUCGCAUCAUGGGUCAAUUUCGGCAUGUAUCAUACAACCGGAUCAGUGAGCUGGAGAUUCACCAUGGCUCUACCACUGGUCUUCAUCAUCGUCCUUCUCUCCCUGACUCCAUUCCUACCCGAGUCUCCUCGCUGGCUAGCCAAGCAGGAUAGGCUAGACGAAGCAACCCACAUCAUGUCCCGUCUCCUGGCAGCACCCGCAGACGAUCCCUCAGUCAUCAGAGAAGUAGCCGUCAUCCACGCCGCAAUCCAAAGAAGUACCAGCGGCGCCAAAACAUCCGGCAGUCUUUUCUCCAUGAAUAAGAACCGCCAUUUGCACAGAUUGCUGAUUGCCAUGAGCGUCACCAUGUUCACCCAGCUGAGCGGCAUCAACGCAAUCACAUUCUACUCGACCUCCAUCUUCGAAGAAACCCUCGGCUACUCCGGCACCGACGCACGAAUUCUCGCCGCAUGCCUGCAAAUGGCUCUUGCGCUCGGCGGUCUGACUGCCGUCUUCGUAGUUGAUCGAUUCGGCCGUCGACCGCUGAUGAUGUUCUCGUUAGCCGCGAUGGUCGUCGAGCAGGCGGCCGUCGCAGGUUUGACCUCCAACCUCGGUAAUGCGGCAGCGAGUCGUGCGGCCGUCUUCUUCUAUUUCAUGGCUGACUAUACGCUCACGAUUGGCAUGUUUAUCAUUCCAUUCAUGUACGGUGCUGAGAUUGCGCCGCUGGAUAUUCGGCACCAGGUCACGGCCAUGGGCGCGAUGAGUUCUUGGCUGUUCAAUUUUAUGGUUGCGGAGGUCAGCCCGAUUGCGUUCUCGAGUAUUAAGUGGAAGUAUAAUAUUGUUUAUGCGGUGACUAGUGCUGUUGGUGUUGUUGUUAUUUUCUUGUUUUAUCCGGAGACGAGAGGGAGGUCGCUUGAGGAGAUUGAUCAGAUUUUUAUCAGGUCUAAAUCUAUCUUCGAUCCUGUUCGAGUGGCGAAGAAGCUGCCCAUGGGGAUGGAUCUGAUGGAGGAGAUGGAUCGCAAGAAUGAAUCUGAGGUUGUGGACGCGGUAUGA